AAAUCCAAAGUGCAUAUCAUACUUGGAACUUCUAUAAAAGGACAAAAUAAGCAGAUAGAGACCAGAGACGAUUGCUGCAAUAAUGGAGCAAAGAGAGAGCUGCCAUCCAUUGCUGAAAGGAGGCAAGAGAAUGAGCUCGUACAGCCACGGCCUCUCUUCAGGGCAGAUUCAGACGCUGGCUGCUAUGUGUGAAGCUUUCGUUCCUCCAUUGCCGGCGGACGAUCUCAGCAAGGAAAUCCCAGUUGAUAAGCUGCAAGCUGUUCGUUCCUUCUACAGAGCUUCUGGGUCUGAGCCGCCAAUCCCUGACGAGGUAGCAGAGUUACUGGUCACUACAGGUCUAAAAGAAGCGGUGCUGAUAGUGAAAUUGAUUUUGAAGGUUCUUUCAUUCCGAUUGGGUACUUUGUUGCUUUGUGGGUUCAUGUGUUUUGAUUGGAACUGGCCCUUCAUGCACAAAUUCUCUGAAAUUUCACCGGAGAAGAGGGAGGAAAUUCUCAAGAAAUGGUCAAGGGAAACUUUCUUCAUGCCUCUCAGAAUAGUGUUUUUAGCUGUCAAAAUCUUCUCCUUGUACGUCUUCUUCUCCAGGACUGAUGAAAAUUUACAAAAUCCAGCAUGGGAAGCUAUUGGAUACAAUAAAGACACUAGGGAAAAGUUGAGAAAAUCCAAAGAGGAGAGACCUCUUCAGAAGGGGAUCAUAGAACUUGCAAAUGAAGAUGACUCGACUCUUACCCCAUCUCUUAUCCAAAAAGGGCUCCAAGUCUCUGAGGAUCCAGAGCACAACACCUGCAAGAUCAAAUGUGAUGUUGUAAUUAUAGGUUCUGGUUGCGGUGGAGGGGUUGCAGCUGCAGUGCUUGCAAACUCAGGUCAGAAAGUACUCGUCCUAGAGAAAGGGAACUACUACGUACCAGCAGAUUAUUCUUCAUUAGAAUGGCCUUCCAUGGCUGAACUUUAUGAGUCUAGUGGUUUUCUAUCAACUCUAAAUGGGAGAAUCAUGAUAUUGGCUGGAUCCACAGUAGGUGGAGGCUCUGCUAUAAACUGGUCUGCCUGCAUAAGGACUCCAGAUUCUGUUCUCAGAGACUGGCGUGUUGAUCAUAAGAUUCCUCUUUUUGGAAGCUCUGACUAUCAAAAUGCAAUGGAUGCUGUGUGUAACAGGAUUGGUGUUACAGAUAAUUGCUCCAAAGAAGGGUUUCAGAAUCAAGUUCUUCGGAAAGGGUGUGAGAACAUUGGCUUACAAGUUGGUUCAGUUCCAAGGAAUUCCUCUGAAGAUCAUUAUUGUGGUUCUUGCAACUUCGGCUGUAGAACAGGAGAAAAGAAAGGGACUGAUUCCACCUGGCUGGUUGACGCUGUUAGCCGUGGUGCUGUGAUCCUAUCAGGAUGCGAAGCUGAGAAGUUCAUGUUGGAGGAUAGCAACAAUGGAAGUAGGAAAAAUUGCCUGGGAGUGAUUGCAAGAGCUUCAAAUACAAAUAUCACGUACAUUUUACAAGUUGAGGCUAGAGUAACAAUUUCGGCAUGUGGUUCUCUCUUGACACCUCCUUUAAUGAUCUCCAGUGGUUUGGUGAAUCCAAAUAUUGGCAGGAACCUUCAUCUUCAUCCAGUUAUAAUGGCAUGGGGAUACUUUCCAGAGCAUGAAUCAGAUUUCAAAGGCAAAAUGUACGAGGGAGGAAUCAUCACAUCCAUUCACAAAGUGGUCUCAGAGGGCUCCAAGGUCUGUGCCAUUAUAGAAACUCCAGCACUUGGGCCAGCCUCAUUUGCUGCAUUAUCUCCAUGGAUUUCAGGGCAGGACCUCAAGGACAAGAUGGUGAAGUAUCCUAGAACUGCCCACUUGAUUGCGUUGAUCAGAGAUCGAGGUUCAGGAGAAGUAAAAGUGAAGGGUCGAAUUACGCACCGCCUAGACCAGCUGGAUAAGGACAAUCUUAGAAUUGGAUUGAGGCAAGCUUUAAGGAUUCUGGUUGGUGCUGGCGCUGUAGAAGUGGGCACUUACAGGAGUGACGGCCAGAAGAUUGCAUGUAAAGGAAUUAAGGAGAAAGAUUUGGAGGAGUUUUUGGAUACAAUUACAGUACCUGGCGGACCAAAAUCGAAGGAGCAGAACUGGACGACGCUCUUUUCUGCGCAUCAAAUGAGCAGUUGUAGGAUGGGAGCCACAGAGGAAGAAGGUGCCGUUGAUGAAAAUGGAGAAAGCUGGGAGGCCAAAAAUUUGUAUGUAUGCGAUGGAAGUGUCUUGCCAACUGCAAUUGGGGUCAACCCCAUGAUCACAAUUCAAUCCACAGCAUACUGCAUUUCCAAGAAAAUAGCUGAAUCCUUAAUAGGCAGAUAAUUUCUUGCAUGUAAUAAUUAUUGUACUUGGAUAAUCGUAUUUAAGGAAUAAUCCAUAAUCAGAGGGGAUUUAACGAAA